ACAUCAUUUCUUGCCCCAUUCUAGACGCGCCGUGUUAACUCACGCGAACUUGUAACAGGUUCGAAACUUGGCAACAUCAGCUUUUGUUUGGAUUAUCAGUUGCUUCAAUCUCGCUUUGUGUUACUUUUGGUCGUCUUCAGUUGCUUUCUUUGUCACAAGUGAGUAAGUCUCCUUUUCUUGUGAGUCUCCGGCAUACUUUUUUCAUUCCAGAUAAGCCCACCUACUUUUUCUUACACUAGGUUCCUUUGUUCUAGACGUAAACUCACCAAAUUAGUAUGAAAAUUUUUAUUUGGGUUCGGAGUAUUAUUUCAGGGUGAGAAUCGAAGUUAUGUCUUUCAUAAUGACUCUGUAAUGUCAGUUAACUGACACUAACUAGAAUGCUGUUUAAAUGUAUGACUGAGUUUUGCUCUCAAGUUCAAUACAGUGGAACUACUUAAAAUACAGAGGGAAGAUGCUUGUGCAAUUUUGGAACCUCGUUGUUUACCAAUGGCAGCAUCGGACCUUUAUACUUUUUCCUACCGCGGAUUAAGGAGUACUCUGGUUUUGUUCUACAGAAUACUUAAAAAUGACUACGGACAUGACACAUUUUUUUCCUGCCACCAUAUCAGGAUAAUUCAGAAAAUAGGCAUGUAUAAAAGGCGAAGUCAAAUGAAAUGCUCGUGUCAUGCAGGUUUCACACCAAGUUAUCAAUCGUUGGAGCCGCAUUUUCUUUUGUCCAUCUCUUCCAGCUCUCCUCAUUCACGCUACUCUGCAUUUUCCCUUAGUACUUUCUAGCUAUCUGCAAACCGCUACUUUCGUUAUCAUUCAGUUAAAACUUUGGUAGCAUUAUCUCUACUUUUCAGCACUACUUACCAUUCGCCUUAGUAAUCAUUAAUAGCGUGAGGUUCAUCUUUCGCGUGAGACAUAUCUAACUCGUCCAGGUGCAUUAUGACUUACCCACUUAACAUUCCUCAAAAUAUGAAUUUCCAAGUACGUCCCAUUCACGAUGACAAAAAGUGGCUAAGUCAGCAUUUCUAGACUGUUCGAAAAAUUCAUAGUCGUCCUCUCACAUCGAGAUACGAAUCAAAUGGAAUAUUCCUUUUCAAAACUUUGAAUCCUAAAUUCUUUGUGGCAAAGUAGUAGUUCCCUGGGAUUUUAGUUUCUAUUUACAGAAAUACUGAAAUAUAAGUGCCUUCCAUCAAAUUGCCUUUUUCAUAAGUCGUAGAUAGUAUGUUGCUCCGUAGUAUGCAUAGUACUAGAGGGUUUUUGGAUUUUCAUAAUCAGCUUGUGAGUUUCACUGAAGGAAUGGACGUACUGACCAUGCAUACUCAAUUAUCUAGUCAACAACUUACUAAAUAAAUUCGCAACUCAAUGGGUCAGACAACUUUUCGACUUGUGCCAUGCGAUUUCUACUUUUCUUACACUAAACUCGGUUUAAUUCUGGCCUUGUUAACAUGUUAACCAGAUCUGGUUUGUAAUGACAGAAAGCAUGCCUUAGUCCUGGUGAUGAGACAUAGCUUACACAACUUUAAUUUGAAUACAUAUGUGAUGAGAGCUGUUACCGUCUACCUAGCUGGCAAGUUAUGCUUAAUGGAGAUACCAAGUAGAAUUCAACUGAUAAAUCGUCGUCCCCAGAUUUGUGAACGUUUUCAUCCAAGAAAUCUUGUAUUUUGAAAGACAAUAUAAGUAUGUCAAGUACAAAACUAUUAAAUAAUUAUAGAAUUUCAGUCAGCUCACUUCAAGGCUUUUUGUCUGAUAUAGGUAAUAGAUCUCAGCAAAUUCGUCGUUGUAUCACGGCUUCAGGGUUUCAGCGGGUUUGUCAAAGUUCCUAUAACUCGCUACCACCUUUAUCAAAUGCUCUGGUUCUAAGCCAAUAAACACUGAGAUGUCAUAAAUGUUUUGGUAUCUAGGCUAAUAAACACUGCGUAUUUCUUGUGUCACGACCUUUAGCACUUAGCUGUUGUAAGUUCAGACGAAUAAUUACAGACGUUUGGUGAUAUGAUGCAAAUGUAUUCACUCGUUGUCUACCAUUAGAUCCUGAGUUUUAAUAAUUUUUAUACUCUUUAUUCGGCGAAUUCGUUCCAAAAUCAUGUUUGUAUAUCCCCAAUCCUUUUUACUACCAUCACGGAUACCGGUCUCAUUAAUUUCAACACGCUAUGCUGUGUGAGAACUGAAGCCGGUGGAAAAUGUAUGUCAGGUGUACUGUUACUUAUCCCUGACCGACCUAUUACCUACUGAGUUUCCUGUACCUAUAAUAUCAUCUACAUCACUGUAUCAACAGCGUUAUUUGUUUCUUGCCUUAAUGGUCAUUAUGCUUCGUUAUGCUCCUGCUUAAAAUUGUCUAAAGUCAGACCAUUCUGCUAACUUACCUAGAUUCCUUUGAAUUCCUGUCAGUGUUCAUUUCUUUGCCCAGUCAGUCAGCUACAACGUAGGAUCAGGCACAUAUAUGCAUCGGUCCAAGUUGCCAUACCUCAUUAGCACAGCAAGAUGAACACCUGAUUCAUAUGAGUGGUUAAGUAAUUGGUGGUAAUAUAUAAAAUAAUGAUUGCAUAUAAGGAUAUAGUACAGGAAGAAAGAAUUAUUUCGUAGAAAGAAGGAUAUGAAACGAUUUUAAUCUCAUAGUUUAAGGGAAGACAGAAAGUGUAUACACCUAUUCCAUUGUGAUUGAUUCUGAGCCAUGUCACCAAGAGUCUCCAACCAUGGGUUACGAAAGCCACGCGGACCCCAACCAAGUAGUCUGCAUCUUUACCCGUUGCCCUAUUAACGAUAAAUUGAAGUUUAGUUACUUGUUCUGGUAAAUAUUUGGACCAGCGUCCGUGAAGUAAUGGAGAAUUUCGACUAAUGGUUGUUUUCAUUACUUAUAACGCUAAUUUUUUGAUAGCGAGCAACUUAAAUAAUCAUUUUAUCUGGGGAGUAUUUCUUGUAGAAGAGAUUUUCCACAUUUGAAUUAUGUAAGGUGUCCAAAUAUUUUUGUUUUUGAUACGUAGAAUUCAAAAUGGAGUGGGAUAGCGAAAGUGCGCUACAGGGGUUUUUAAUAACGAUGAUCGUCUGCAUAGUAUCCAGUGUACUUUAUUUUAUGUUCAGGAAUACUUUGUUCCCUCACCGUAUUUCUGUCCAUCACGAUUCAGAAAACUUAGCCCGCAGGAGAAAAAAAAAUGACGUAAGAAAGUCCAAGAAAGUUAAAAAACGGAAAGUGUUAGUUGAUUCUCAACAAACUGAAGAAAUAGAAACGGACAAAACUCAAACGUCAGACGACACAACUGGUGAAGAGGAUGAACAUCUAUCAGAUGUGCUUCUUGACGAUUAUUCAUCAAGUAGCAGUGAGCAGUCAGCUGAAAGACCUAUCCAGCCAGUGAUAUAUGAAGAAAACUGUUGUAAGGGAGAUUCAGAAGUCAUUGAUACUUCUACUCACAAGACCGAACAAUCUUAUGUCGAAGGUCCCAGUUUAGAUUUUUCACAAGCUACAUUAAGCAGAAAUCAGAGUGAGGAUUCAGAUUCGGUUAUUUCUCCAGGUUCUUCAGAACAUAGUCCAACCACAGAUAUUCUAUCUCCAGUAAAUGAUUCGAAAGUUCCUCUCACUAAGUCCAAAAAGUCAAAGCGUCGUUCAGGCAAGCGGUCGGUUAGGUAUGCGGAUUUGUCUAAAGAAGCUAUAUUUGUUGAGCCUGACAACAUGGAAAAUUCUUCAGAAUCAUUAGAAAUAUCAAGGACUGACUGCGUUAAACCAUAUAAAAUGGGUGGAAAACAGGAAUCAUCAAAUGACUCUACAUUAACAUUGGAGUUGCGUACGACGAUCAAAGAAUUAGAAGGACAAUUAAAGAUCAGUGAAACCAAGCUGGCAGAAACCUCCCAGUGGGCGAAUUCUUUAGUUGAAGAAAACAAGCAUUUUCGUACGAAGAAAGACGAAUCUUCUCUAAGUUUACAUGUACUGCAAAUGCAAUAUAAUGAACUCCUAAGAACGAAUAAAACACUCGAACACCAGAAGAACUUGCUGAAUGUGAAGUUAAAAAAUACUGAAACUGAAAACUGUGAUCUGCAAAAACUUUUAGACCAGACAAAUGCAGAUACUUUAAAGGUAAAGAAGGAAGCUGAAUUGGAAUUGUGUAAUUUGCGAGAACAGUUAACAAAACACGAAACUCAGUUGACUGCAAUGGCUAAGGCAAUGGCUGCUUCUACUCCAUCGAUUCCUACUGGUCCUAUACCAGAAAUUAUUCGUGCUCAGGAAUUAGCGCAAGCAAUGUCCAAUGAUAACUGUUUAUUAAAAUCGCGUAUUGAGCAAUUGGAUUCAGAAUUAACCCAAUUGCGCCAAACAAAUAUGAGGCAACAACAAGAUUUACAGGUUUUCCGGGCUGAAAAUCAUAAAUUACAUUCAGAAAAAGAAACAGCUCUGGAAGAAUUACGUAUUAAACGACAAGCAGAACAAGUAGAAAAUGAUACUGUACAUAUGGAGUUAAAACGUCUGUGUCAUGAACUAGAAUUAGAGAAACAGAAAAAUCAGGAGUUGUCUAUUUCUCUAUCUGAGGUAAGAGCUGAACUAUCACGAAGUUUACAGAAAGAAAAACGUCAAUCUGAAAUUAUUAGCAGUCUUGAAUAUCAGUUUGCUGAAUUGAAUGUACAAAAACAAUGCCUACUUGAUAAUGCUAAUCAAUCGAAAUUAGCUUAUGAAACAGCUUCUAGUGAAUUAAGAGCACAAGUGGUAAAUUUAUCCAAUGAUUUAAUACGUGUUACUACUGAAUUAAAUAAUACUCAACAAAAAGUUCAUGAAUUGACAUACCAGCUAGAAUCUACAACAAAAUCGUCCAGUAAUAAUAAUGAUUUAAAUGGUGAACCAAUCAUAAUUAAUAUUAAAUCAGACGAAACAUGCAUUAGUAAACAAGAUGAACAACAUGAAAACGAAUUACUACGUAUUAGUAAUAAUAAUAUUUAUGAAGAUUUACGUAAUCGAUUAUCCGAAGUUGAAACUAAUUUCAAUGUUGCUGAAAAAGAACGUGCCAAAUUUUACAAUCUUUAUCAAUCUGCAUUAAAUGAAGUGGAUCAUUACAAGUCAACUUUAAUACAAACCGAAGAAGUUUUAGCGAAACUAGAAGAAUCUGUUAAACAGACAGAAAGUAAAUGGCGUCAACUUUUAUCAGAAAGUGAAUUCGAACAGAUUCAACUUCGUAAACAGUUGUCAGAAUCUCAAUCAAUGUUGAAAGAUAUCACAGGAAAACUGAAUCAAGCCGAUGAAGGAGUACCUGCACUAAAUAUUUGUAAUGUUGGAAAGAGGCAAAAAAAGUCAAAAACACGUAAACCGGCAGACUCAUCUAAUGUGUUUACAGUAGUUGGAUUAAAUACAGAAAAAACUUCAGAGAAUAUUCAUCCUAUCGAACAGAGAAUAUAAAUAUUUAUGAUGAAAAAAAGCAUUUUUAAUAACUAGUUGAGCAUGUCAAACUCCAUGAUUUCAUUACAUUUACACAUUUGCAUACUUUCUGUUAUUAUAUUAAUAUUAUCCGUGUAGAUUCAUUCUGCAUAUACUUAUAUUGAUAUGCUUGAAGGCGGUUGUGUGUUCAUGUAGCUCUUUGCAUUGUUUCGCUUUUUUGCUUCCUUUCUUACUAUUUUGAACACUAUUUUUUGUUUUCUCUAUCUCUCGCGUCACUCUCAUGUGCUAUUGAACUUUAUCAGGUCAGUAUUAUUUAUUUUAACGUUUUGUUUUCAUGAAUAAAAUCAUUACACAAAAUACAUUGUUUGUGCUUAUUUGUGUGUUAAGUAAUUCAUUGAACGUCUUGUCGAAUAAUCCAAGUGUUUCUAUGCCGGAUUGAAGGUUUAGUGUUAGUUACUGUGUGUAUUGGUAGGUGGAAAGUUCUUGAUAAAUAGUUUGUUCCCUUUAGAGGAGAAUCAGUAUUAUUAUAUCAUAUAGCCCGUCAAUUAUUGCAUGAUAAGAUCACCGAUCAGAACACCGACUUAUACGACUUUGGCCUUGUGUCAAACCAGUACAAGCAGCCUAGAGUCAACUCUGAGUCCUUCUUGGUUCUUCUCACCUAGCCCUGUUUGUUGAGUUCAGAACAAAAUCUCAGCUACCACUAUAUGAAUCAUGUAUUUCAGACAUACACAGUUUAUGUAUAAGCGAACCAGACCGUAUCACACCACAAAAUAGAAAAUAACAAUUAUACACGAUUACGCCCAAAGUGUCUGUGAGUGUGAGAGACUGUAAUUAAUAAAUCGGGAGUAAGUUAAGAUUGGUAAGUCGUAUCGCAAUAGCCAAUAGGACAAACGAAAGGAAUAAGAAUAUAUAUAUAUA